AUGCUGGCACAUAAGAAACUGCAAUCGGGAUUACUCUUGGCCUUAUGGAAUAUUUUCUCUGUCCUUUAUCGACGUGGAAUAAAAAUGCCCAAUGGAGCGGGAUCGGGGGUCGGAGAUUCCUAUCACAGCCAAACCUCCCUACCCCCAGGGGAAUUGGGGAAGUGGCAGCAGGGGGCCGGAGUGGAAAGUGAGAAUAAAAGAAGAACCGAGUACAACCUGCCAGGCAAGCUAGCCGCGGAGAGAAGGAAAGCCCUCCACGCCACCCCGAGCGGCCCGAGCCUUCCAGGACCCGCCCCGAUCUCGCUGCCCUGCCCCGGCGCCGGCCGCAGCCUCCCGCCCUACCCGACCCUCCCAGGACGCGCUUCCUCCGGAGCCGGACCCCCGCCCUGGCCUCCCCGCGGGAUAAGGCGGGUCAGUUCAGUCCGCUUCUCGGCAGAGCCGUUGUCACCGCCAGAGCCUCCGGAAAACCCUCGGCAAACCCCGGAGCAAACAACACAGGCGCGGGGCGGGGGUGCGGAGGGAGGAGGAGGCACUCGGGACGGCGAGGCUUUAUCGCCGCGCCCUCCGCGCUCCCUCCCACCAGCCUCGGCUGCCCGCGCUCUUACCUGCUCUCCGCGUCGCCCGGGAAGACCACGGCGUCGCUUUCCCUCCCGGCAGGGCCGAGGACUAGCACCGCCGCCGCCGCUGGCCGGGCGUCCCGAGGGAGCCGGGGCCUCCCCGGCAGCCCGAGCCGCUCCAGUGGGAGAAGAGGAAACAAAACAGCGGCGAGCCGGCCCGCGCAGCGCCCCCCGCCCGCGCCGCCCCACGGAUCCCCAACCGCCGAGGCGACGGCGGCGACACAGAGCCCGGCGCGGGGAGCAAUGGUGGCCCCCGCCCUCGCCCCGCUCCCGGCCCCCUCCCUCCACCCCCCGCUUCAGCUCCUCCCCCUCGGCCUCCUACCGCCGCCACCAGGACACUCGAGUCCGCCUCCCCCACCCCGCCCGCUCCGAGCGCUCCUCCCCUCCCCACGCGGCGAGGGAGGGGGGGGGGGCAGCACAGCCAGUCACCGCUGCGUCUGUCAAACCAGGGCUGGCUAUUUAUACCCGGCAGGGCCCCACCGGCCCCCUAGCCGGCCAACCUGCUUCGGUGGCUGUCUCGACUCUCGCCCGCCCCUUAUCCCCCAACUUCUACCAAACCCGCCUUCUCAGAUUAUGACACUGACGUGACUGAAGGAGUGAGCAACUUUCUCAAGACCACCAGCAAGUGAGUAAUGGUGCCAGGCAAGAAAUCCAAGCAGGCUGGCUCCAGACUCCAUGCUCCCAGCACUCUGCUCAGCUUCCUCCUCCUCUGCAUUGUCCUCUCCAGGGUCGAAGGAGAGACCAGGCCAGCUUCUCCCUAUCCUGUCCAGCCUCUCUUUAUGAAUAAGCCAAUACCUCUGACAUGUGAUUUGACUGGUGAAGGGGCCCAGUUCACAAUUCAGCAAGCCUCAAAGUGGAUUAUAUUCUACCAGCAGAAUAUUUUCAGAGCCCA